AUUUUUGACAUUGACUUAUGAAAAUAUCAAGGAAACCAUUUUCAAUAUCUUUCCCAAAAUAAAUAAAAACACUACACUAUCCCAAAAUAAAUAAAGUGUUUAUAAGACAAUAUACGAUCUUUUUACAAUGACGACGCCCCCUGACGCUGGAGAUUCUUAUGACCAGUUUGAUGAAGAGGAAACUGAGCAGCAGCUUGGGGCGACAGCUUCAGGUCGCAAAAGGCUGUUCAGCAAAGAAUUAAGAUGCAUGAUGUAUGGCUUUGGGGAUGACCAAAAUCCGUACACAGAAAGUGUGGAUUUCUUAGAAGAUUUAGUUAUCGAAUUUAUUACUGAAACUACUCAUAGAGCAAUGGAGGUUGGUCGAACAGGCAGAGUUCAGGUAGAAGACAUUAUAUUCUUAGUUCGUAAAGACCAGCGCAAGUAUGCGCGUGUCAAAGACUUAUUGACAAUGAAUGAAGAACUCAAGAAAGCAAGAAAAGCUUUUGAUGAAGUUAAAUAUGUUGAAGAUCAACAAUAACAUGAUGAUUGAACAAGGCUGCCAUGCUACUAAGACUGAUGCAAAAUAAAUCAGAAGGAAAGGCUGGAAGGAUGUUACCUAAUUUUCGAAUAUGUUGUACAGCCAUUUCCACCAAGAAUUAAAUUAAGCAUUAUUUGUAUUGAAUUGUAAGAACACUAAUCCUUGCAUACUUUAUGUGAAAUACAUUCCUCUUAGAACUUCAAUAUAAUCAUUGUAGUUCCAAAACAAUAAAAUAUUGAUUUAAAAUC